AUGGGAAGUGCUUCAUCGAAAUUUAGAAAAUAUCUUCAGAGUGACAAUGAGGUAGCAGCUUUACAGUUGUACCAGAAUAAUGGUGACUUACGCAAGGCACUAGAUCCUAAUUGUUCUUACGGGGACUCACAUCAACAUGAAACUCCUUUACAUAUAUGUUCUCGGCAUGGGAUGAGAUCAUUACUCAGGAUAUUCCUGUAUGAGAAGGGAGGCAACCCCAAUAAAACCAACAAUCAUAAAGAGACAGUAUUACACUGUGUUUGUAUGGAGAAGAAUUCUCAGUUCUAUAAUGUACAGCGUAGAAGGUUAGAUUGUCUAGCUAUGGUAUUAAAAUGGAAGGGGGCUACUCUACAAGAUGAGGAAGUUGAAAAAAUUGACGUUGCUGCCUUGGAUGAGAAAAAUAAUACAGCCUUACAUUAUGCUGCAGCAUCUGGUUUGAAAGCUUGUGUUGAGAUGUUAGUACAGAAUGGAUCACCAUUAUUUCUAGAAAAUGAAGAUAAUCAUACUCCAUGUGAUUGUGCUGAACAAAAUGGCCACAAUGAAAUAGCUCUGUAUUUAGAGUCAAAAAUGGUCUUCUCUAAUGAUGGUAUACAAGAGGAAGAGGAAGAUGAGUUAUCCAAUGUUCCUGUAGAGGAAUAUUGUGGAUUGAGAGCUCAAGAUCUGCAGGAAGCUAAAGAUCAGUUGUUGGUAGAAACAGCAGACAUGUUGUCAGUCCCAUUAUUUACUGCUGAGGCUCUUCUUCGUAACCAUGAAUGGUCCAGAGAAGCAUUAUUAGAGGCCUGGAUGACCAAUCCUGUUCAUUGCUGUGUAAAAUCUGGAGUUACCACCCCUUCUACUAUAUAUAGUGAUGUACCAGAAGUACAAGAAGAAUUGAGUAGUCCUCUACCCAGCCCCAGUAAACCUUUACCGACUGGUCUUGAAUCAUUGUGUGAUAUAUGUACAUGUCUAUAUACCCCUACUGAAGAUUCUGUACAAAUUGUUUGUGAACAUCAUUUCUGUACCGAAUGUUGGGAAAGAUAUCUGAAUUUAAAGAUUCAAGAAGGUGAUGCUCACCAUAUAACUUGUCCUGCGUAUGAUUGUCCUAUGUUAGUACCAGUUGAUAUAAUAGAAAGAAUUGUAUCCCGUCCAAUGGCUAGAAGAUAUUUACAGUUUGAUAUUCAGGCGUUUGUGGAGAGUAAUCCUGAUAUGAAAUGGUGUCCGUAUCCUGGUUGUGGUAGAGCUGUCAAGUUACCAGAUCUAGAUGGUUCAGCAGCUAGUAAUGCUGGUCAUCCUAGAAUACCUACUGAUACUUCUAGAGCUGUAGAUUGUGGUAAUGGACAUUACUUCUGUUGGGAAUGUUUAAAUGAAGCUCAUGAACCUUGUAGCUGUGAUAACUGGAAGAAAUGGUAUGAAAAAGUUGCUGAAGUUAAGCCAGAACAAAUGUCUGGUACAGAAAUAGAAACAGAAUCAGCAGCUAAUUGUUUAUGGUUAGUGACCAACUCUAAACCUUGUCCCAACUGUAAAUCACCUAUACAGAAAAAUGAAGGUUGUAAUCAUAUGAAAUGCUCAAAGUGUAAACAUGAUUUUUGUUGGGUGUGUCUUGAACAAUGGAAGAGACACAACUCAAGUACUGGGGGAUAUUUUAAAUGCAAUAGAUAUGAAGUCGUCAAAAAAGUGGAAGAAAAAACAUCACAAGUACUUACAGAGGCAGAAGAGAAAAAUCAAAGAAUGCAGGAAUUAAACCGUUUUGUACAUUAUUACACUAGAUUUAAAAACCAUGAAAAUAGUUUUACUUUUGAAGAACCAUUAUUAAGAACAGCUCGUAAUAAAAUGAUGAAAUUAGCUGAAGCUGUUACAGAUCCAGCUACAGCUAAUGCUGAAACUAAGUUUGUAGAAGAUGCAGUACACCAGUUAUUAAAAGCAAGGCGUGUAUUAAAAUCAUCAUAUGUAUAUGGAUAUUAUUUAGAUGGACCAGGGUAUAAGAAAAUAGUCUUUGAAUUUAUGCAGACUGAAUUAGAGGAAUGUACAGAGAUUUUAUCACAGAUGGUGAAUCGUUUAUAUCUACGAACACCAAGAAAGAAAAUCAUUGACCAGGCAUUAAUUGUUCAGAGAAAGCGCUUAGAGUUUUUAAUAGCAAUAUCAAAAGGCUUAGUACCACCUGAAACACCUCCUUCAUUACGCAAAAAACGACGAAGAAAAUAUAGCAUGGAAUUAGAGGAUGUAAGUAACAUUUUUAUAUAG